UUUUUUCAUUUUCCAUUCAAAGUGAUGCCCAUUAUUUUUAGACCACCAUUACAUCUUAAAGUAAACGAACAAACCUUCGCUUAAGCGGAAAUAUAAAGAGUUUCUGAAUUUCUAUUCCCUAGAAAGGUCUCGGACCAAAAUGCCAUACUAGUCACGUGACACCGGCAUUUUCACUCCAAUGAGCACCCGAGAAACCAUGAGCUCAUUGUUACAGGAAUGGCGAUCGCACUUGCCAAAUUUUACCAAGUUUUAGUCAAACUUUAGCGAAUGUUUUUACGAUUUUUAGAAUUUUAGUCAAUUCAACAAUGGCCGAAGUGUUCCCAGAGGAUAUUAACGAUCAUUUAGACGACGAAAAUUUGAGUGAAGAUGAUGAAUUCGAAGAGGUGAGUUUGAAUGAUAUGAGUUUUGCGUUGGUAUGAAAUUGCGUAUAACGUCUAUAGUAUACGAUCGUAAACGCUUUCUAGGAAAGUGUGGGUCAUGUUAAUGAAGUAUUAAGACAUCAUUGUGUUGAUUAUAGGGGCAGUUAUGCGACGAACCGAUGGAAAACGAUGAAAGGUAAAUUUGUCUACCGGCAUUUGUUGUAUUUUGAAAUUUCAUCUCUCGAUAGUUCAGUGAAGCGAUUCAUUGCUGAAUCAACUACAGCAAUGCUUUUAAUUUUUUCCUAUAGUGUGGAAACGCUGGCCCUUUCUGGAGAACUUGUGAAUCCGAAAGACGAGAAAAUAGGCCCCCAAAGCUUCGAACUUCUCAAAGUUCUGGGAAAGGGUGGCUAUGGAAAGGUACGCUUUAAUAAAUAGCUAUGACAGGGAAGUCCCUUAACUACAAUGUUAAUUUUUAAGCUCCCACUAAGCUCUUUUUCCUAAUGAAACUGAAAAAGAAUGAUCCAGAUUUAAACGCUUUAAUUUUUGCCAUAGGUCUUUCAGGUUCGUAAAGUGGAUGGGAGAAAUAAAGGGAAAAUAUUCGCAAUGAAAGUUUUGAAAAAGGUACGCUAAACGUUUGUUGUGGUGAUAGUCUAUUACCGGUAGAUUAUUCACAGGUGAGUUUGUAUUUAAGUUGCAUAACCAAGCUUAAGCCUAGGUUAAGGCUUGAAAAGCUAGUAUUGAGGAUCAAAAACGUAAUGGGUCACUUAAUAUUAGUCUCCAAGGUUAUAUUGGUAAUUUCAGCUGAUUUCAGUUUCUGGACUAGUUUUAGAGCGUUGAAUAAUUUUUCGAAUGUCAUGUACAUUGUAUUUCCUGGAGACGAUUUAAAGCUUUAUUUACAAGGUACGUGCCUGAAUUUAAAGCUUAUCAUAAAUAAAACAAUUAAGAAAAGUGAUACUGCCCAGUUGUGGUUCAAGAGUCAAGGUUAAUCAAAGCUGUGGGUUAAAAAUAGAUUGAUCUGAAUGUGUCACUAUUUAUUCAGGAGUUUUAAUGGUAAAGCCAUUUAUUUAGAAGCUUUCAGUAAAAGCUCAAGCUGGCAAAUGGUUGCCAGGAUAUUAAUUUUCUGACUUUUUGGCCAAGAGGCAGCAAACAGUUUUGUCACCUCAUCAUAUCUUGUGUCUUUAGGGGAAACACCAUGUAACUUGCGGGGUCAAAGUGUAUUGGGAUAAUUGCCUUUUAUUAGAUCAUGAUUCUAGAAUGGUUUAUACGGUUUUGAGGCGUUUUCUAGAAUAGGGUGUAAUAUAGCCAGCGCCACAGAUGGAACUAAACUUCUGUUAACCAACUGCCUCGCUUAAUUGGAAGAAGGGGGCCUGGGAUACCCAGCUGCUUCCACUGUGGCCGUCCAGCCCCUAGUUAGAGUACUGCCCCCAUGGCUGGUAAAUCCCCGCAACCCAGCCAUGAGCCCCCGUCCCAGACACCUGUCACACUGAUGAAACAGUGGGAGGAAGAAAAAUAAGGGAUGGGAGGUGGGGAAGACGCUAAAUGAACCGCUCCACAGACCACUGCACAAACGCUCAACAAAGAACUCAAAGAUCUUAGCAGUUUACAAGGCUACCACUUACCAUGUGAGCCUGCACUUAUGGGAUUGACCACUGGAUGCCCGUUAAGCUCGUGGGCUGCUUGACCGCUAAGCUUGUAGCCUGCUUGUCCACUAAACUUUUGGACCUCUUAACCGCUAGGCUGGUGAAGCGCUUGACCGCUGUUCUUGUGAACCACUUGACCGCUAAGCUCGUGGUGGUUAACUUAGUUUAAUUACAUUUAACCAAAUCCACGUCCGUCUGCAAAACAGCGCCAAAAUCCUUGUUCUGGGCCCUCACCUUUGUUCCAGGAUUUGUGUAUGUGCCAUGAUUGGCCAAUUAUUAGGUUGAAGGGAAAUUUGAAACAUGUUUCUGGUAAUUUGUUGAAAGCCAUUAGCAAAGGCUUUUAGGUUCUAAGAUGAGGACGACUACAAGAACAAGAUUUUCUCAAUAAUUAGUGUAGCCUGUGAAUACAGCCAUCUCUGCUUGCUCCUCUCCACUUGGGUCAUUUUGCAGAAGAUAUGUCUGUGCCUCAUCAACAGAAAUUCCAAGCUGAUGAUGUAGUUCAAUGUUUACUAAAUUAAUCUAGCAGUCAUGGGGUUGCAAAUGUAAAUCUGUUUGGGUUUAAGAGUUCUUCUGCAAUUGAGUGACUGCAAAACUUAAAUGCUUCUUCUAAAGACUAAUGUAUUCCAGGAAUAAUGACUGUUUUGUAGUAGAUUCAUUGCAUUUACAUUUUGACCUUUUGUCUUUUACUUUAACUCAUUAACAAAUAAUAACUAAAAGAAUACAAUUACUAUGUUGACCAAUCAGAGCUCCUGAACAGAUUGUGAACAGAUUUUACAUCUUGGGUGUGGAAUUUCUGUCAUUAAGGCACAGACAUCUCUCCCGCAAAAUGUCCCAAGCUGUGAAGAGCGAGGAGAGACAGUUUUAAUCAUACACUACUGACAAGUGUACUAAGUAGUGCAUGUGCAUGAACCUGGAAGCGUCAUUUUGGCAGGGAAAGGCGACAACUGUUAUGCUGUCAUUCUACCAUGGGUUUUUAAGGGUAAGAAAUAAGCAGGGGAAAAUUUUUCAAUUAAUCGAGGAAAUACAGAGUAGAGCAAAAAUACUUUAAAUCAGGAAGCUCUUGUGACUGGUGAAAAUCACUGUCUAUCUCAAAAGUUCUCAAUUCUCACAGAAAAUUAAUAAUGCUUAUUGCUGUACCUCUAGGCUGCCAUUAUAAGAAGUCAUAAAGAUACUGCACACACAAAAGCUGAAAGGAAUAUUUUAGAAGCUGUUAAGGUUUGCUUUUGAUUUGUCCUUAAAAAUAAAUAAAUAGUAGUGCAAGAGUAACAUAAUAAACCUUUUCUUCUUCUCUUUUUGGACUUGGUGCUGUAAUAGUAAAUUUCAUCUUAAGAAAUUAUACUAUUUAUGGGGAAAUUUAAUUUGUAAAACCAAAAUUAUAUUAUUGUAAUUUUUAAGAUGGUUUUCUAUGAGCCAGGGUGGAUGCAUCAAAAUGGAAAAAUCUUUAGGAGUAAAACAAGGUGAAAUACAUUCAGUUUAAAAAACCCGUUUACACACAUUUAAUAUUGGGUGCAGGUAACUCGGAUCAUCUCAGUUUUGAUUUUCUUGUAAAAGUGAAUAUAUUUACCAGUAGAAGAGGUAUCUGACAUAUUUCAAGACUGAUUGACUGUCUUGUUUGGGUUCAAAUCCCACUGAAGGCCCAAAAUGUUUUUCAGGUUUAGUUGCAAUUGCUAAAAUUGCAAUUACUUCUGCGACGAUCAUAUCUUCAAUUAAAAUUUGUCUUGUUUUUAUUUUCAGCAUCCAUUUAUUGUUGAUUUAAUAUAUGCCUUCCAAACGGGGGGAAAACUCUACCUUAUUUUGGAAUAUCUCAGUGGUAUGUUUAGUUCUCAUUACUUGCAAAUGAGCUAACUCUAAACUGACAUGUUUUGUGAAGUGUUCUGAAUUUAAUGAUGCCUUUAGAUUAGCAGUAUACACUACGGCUCCAAAGUAAGUUACCACCCUCUCGCGAGACAAGAAUUGCGUUGCACAUUAUGUGAUUUUCAUAGGGCACGAGAUGCCAAAUCUAAUGCCUGUUUUCCUCAGUCUUCAAGGUAGCACUAAGCAAAAUUUUUAGUUCAUUUUCGCUGGACGUGUAAUGACAGUAAUUUAUGCUGAAAAUUGCCACUUCAAUGAUUCUUGUGCUAGGCGAUUCUUGUCAUGCAGGGAACGAGACGCGACUAGUAUAAAGUUACUUUCGACCGGUACUGUAUGUUAAUGCUUUUAUAUUGUGUUGUCCCUUUCAUUAUGAGCUAUCAAACAAAGUAGACUCCUCUAUUCUCUAGGGGGAGAACUCUUUAUGCAUUUGGAAAGAGAAGGAAUUUUUAUGGAAGAUACAGCUUGGUAAGAGCCUGGCAAUUGCAAUUUACAAUGAUUUAUCUUUUGAGGUGUCUAUGUUAAAGGUAAAAUCCAUUAAUUAUCAGAUUAAACUAAGGAUUUCCUUUUUCCUGUACAAAUAAUGAGUUUUAAAAAGCGAAGGAAAUUUGGAAUCAAACUAACAGCUCUAGGUUGAAUUCUGGCUUAUCCUGAAAACAGAUUUUACCAUCAACAUGUGUACAUGUAAUACAGUCUUCAGGAUUAUGCGGUGAUGAUAUUUCAAUAGAGUGCAGAAGGCUGUUCAAACCUUCUUUCCUUUUCUUAUUCUGACACAUUUCUCCCAGAAAAUUCUUAAAUUUUAAAGGUCUUACUUGAUACUAGACUUUUUGCAAGGGUAGCAGCACACUUGGGGUGAGAUUGACAUUGUUUUGUAGCUUACGUUUUUUGUGCAUGUCAGUUAGAGAAAUCUAAAAAUUUUUGAGUUCCUGUAAAAGAGAGGAAUCUUACAAUACAUGUUGUUAAGACUUUUUGCGGAAACUCUCUCUUGGUUAAAUGGUGCCCCAACUUUGUUGGAAAAAGUCUCUUGUUGUAGGCUCGAUCAGUCACCUAGAUUACAUUUAGCCACAUGUAAUUCUGAUUAAUAAACUGUUUAUUGCACACAGUUUUUACUUGUCUGAGAUAGUACUGGCAUUGGAACAUCUUCAUAACCAAGGAAUCAUUUAUAGGUAGGUACAUGUAUGUAAGUCAAAAUGAAAUUCACAUUAAAAUGGUUUUAACCUAGGUUGAUUCUCAAUUUGUUUUGUCUUCUAAGCCAUGAAUAAUAUGUUUAUGCAUAUUUACUAUUGAAUAAAGUAGUUUUCUUGGCCAUCUCUUUUUGCAGAGAUCUCAAGCCUGAAAACAUCCUUUUGGAUUCACAUGGUAAUAACAUGAUACACCUGUCUAUUUUUAACUCUGUAAGUUAUGGCAUCAAACAUCCUUGGGAAAUAUCCUUUCCAUCUGCUUUACAAGGCAUGGUGUUCUGCAGUAUGUUUAUAAAACCUCUUUUAAGCAGCCUCCUACUAUGUAGAUGCCCCCUAGUUAGUUGCCAUUUACCAGAGUUGUCAGUAAAAAUAAUUUUUACAAUUAUUGUGAGAUUACUUUAUCAUAUCCCUCAGUUAGCACAUGCACUGUCAUUUGGCCUUAUUAAUUAUCAAGGCCGUGCUCUAAGAAAAAUUAAAGAGAACACAGUGCUCUUACAUGUUACCUCUGCUAUCCAUGGUGCCCAGCAUAUGAAUUCAAUGAGAAAACUAAGAUUUUCAAGUUGCCUGGGAGCAAAAGUUGGGCACCAGGGGCCACUGGGCACCUGCCAGAAUACAGCCUUGCAUAUUCUACUGUAUGACAUGUAUGACCCACUUAAUGUCAAAGUUUACGUCGUGACCUCAAACUUUGUAAGGAAGAGGAAUGCUAACAUAGCCUCUAUUUAGCGGCCAGCAACCAGUUAUCAGUUCUGUGAUGGAUGACCACUUGGGAGAGGUAUGACUGUAUUUUGUGAAUUUUCUCGUUUUACAGGGCAUGUCAUGUUAACAGAUUUUGGCUUGUGCAAGGAGGCAGUGUUUGAAGACAAGUUAACUCACACAUUCUGUGGGACUAUUGAAUAUAUGUAAGUUGGAACAAAUAGGAAAUCAUUAGUGAUUUCCUAUUUCAUACAUUUCUACAACAGCAACUUACCUCUCCCCAAUAUGGCCAUUUUGGUGAGGUCUAGCUGUAUCUUUUUCUCUCUAAGGGCUCCAGAGAUUUUGACACGCAGUGGUCAUGGCAAAGCAGUGGAUUGGUGGAGUCUUGGUGCACUCAUGUACGACAUGUUGACAGGCAGUGUAAGUUGACAUUUCAGACAAGCUCUCAAGACUUAAAUCUUUAUUUAUUUUUUAAGAGACAUGGUGCCUGACUUAUCUGUUAAAUUGUUUGUACAAGUUUUUAUACUGAGACUGUGUUAUUUUCAGCCUCCUUUUUGUGGAGACUCCAGAAAGAAGACAAUUGACAAGGCAGGUUGAUUCUUUUUUUUUUCCUUUGUUAAGUAUUUCCUGGAUAAGCAGCUUGUAUUUUAUAAUGUCAUUAUUAUGAAUAACAUGGAAGGGACAAUGAGAUAGCUAGAGGCAUUUUGUAAGCUGUACAUGUCCUUAUAAAGUAAUGGAGAAGAAUGAAAACUAAGCUUAAAUAGAAACCAAAGUAGAGUUCAGAUUGCAGAGCCGUUCUUUUUAACGUGGAAUCGCUGUAUUCUGCAUUAGAUCCUCAGAACAAUCUUUCACUAUUAAGAGUUUUGAUGCAUGGGCUUUGCAACUUAUUUUCUCAGCCUAUUCUGGCUUAGAUGUGAUUGGCUCUGACAGGUUGAUUUAGGAGUGGAUAGUUUGUAAUAAUAUUAUUUGCAUUUUCUUGUGGUGCAGAUUUUAAAAGGGAAGCUGGUUCUUCCUCCUUAUCUUAGUCCAGAAGCAAAAGAUUUUAUUAGAAAAGUGAGUAUUCAUUUUGCAUGUAGGUACUCCCCUUAGGCAAUCUGUUCCAUUAGCUGCACUUACCACCUGGUAAGAGUGCACUUUCUAAGUGCUUGUAUUUCAAGUGCCUGUACAACCAGAAAACACGAGGGAAUUACCUUGGUCCUCAAUAUGUUGUGUUAAUUUUCUGGAAAGCUUUUUGUAAUUAAUGCAGAAACAUACUAUUAGGUUUUUUACGUUUAUGGUUUUCCAUUGUACUUUUGCAGUAUUAUAUUUCACUUUUGUUAUCUUUUCAGCUACUGAAACGCCAUGUCCAAGCAAGACUAGGCAGUGGACAUGAUGGUGCAACCCCCAUAAAGGUACAGAUUAUUUGGUGAUGGGUCUUUUCGCCAAUGAGUCGUUCCACUAACAGCCUGUUCGCUAACGUUUUAAGUUGUUUCACUAAUGUGUCAGGUCAAACAGGUUCGUGCAUGACCCAAUUGUUAAAAACUUUUUUGUCUUAUUUUUUAUUUCAUCUUGUAAAGAGAACAAAGCGUUUUGGUUUUGUUUUCCUCGGUGACCAUACUCCAUUUUCAUUUUUGUUGUUGUUGUUGCUGUUCUGCAGAAAAAUCAUUUAUUAUAUAUAAUUCAGCAUAUCCCUUCCACUUUUGCAUGUGAAGGCUGUUGACAAUGUUGAAAGGGGCAUCAGUUAACUGCAAGAGCUAGUAGAAAUUUAAUGAUUUGUAGCUUUCUAUUUUUACUUUCAGACCCACCCUUUUUUUCGUGCCACAAAAUGGGAUGAUCUUUUUAUGAAAAGAGUGGAACCACCAUUCAAACCAAAUAUUGUAAGUGUAAAGUGUGAAAUAACUAUGUUUACUAUGUUUAGCAUUCAUGUCAUCACUCUUUUACCCUUGAAGUCCCAAUCCCACGUACAAAUAAUUAAUUCUCUAGACUGAUCAGCUCCAUACAUUUCCUUUAAAAUAUAGGAGUAGUUGAGAGAAUCUGUUGAAAGACCUAAGGAUUUUCAUUUAAGUGAUAAUUUCUUUGUUACUUCUCAUAAUUGAGACUGUUAUGAUAAAAUUGAUGUUGGUCACUCUUGGAUGAACAGUCAGGAUCAGGAGCUAAACCUUGGGAACUAAACUAUUAAUGUUUAUUACCAGUGGCUCAAAAUAAUUGUUAUCUUCUUUUAAAAAUUAAUUUCAAUAUGGGUCGUGUAAACUAGUGCAUGUCAUUUUGUUUGCAUAAACCCUUUGCAUUAAAAUGUGCGCGUAGAGUUAAAUUUUUCUGCUGUUCUUGUUCACAGACAGGUGAAGAGGAUGUUAGUCAAUUUGACAGCAAAUUCACUAGACAGACACCUGUUGAUUCUCCAGUUGACUCAAUGUUAAGUGAGAGUGCAGAUAAAAUAUUUCAGGUAAAGAAAUUAAUGCUGUGGACCUCGUACAGCAAAGAGUGUGUAAAACUUUGCAGCCUUUCUGUUUGUACGCCCCACAUUCUUUGAACUUCUUUCACAAGACCUUGUUACUUUUCAACUUUCUCAUCUUCCCUCUUUCUCACUCUUCCAUCCUCCAGAAUUGCCGUAGUCUGAUUGCACACUGAAGUCCCACAGACACUCGCCAUCAGUCAUCAUAAGCCAUCAAGGGUUUUGAUGGUUGAUGAUGUCUGACACCCCUGGAAAAUUGUUUAAUGGCCUUAGCUACCACAAGUCUCCUGUAACUCAGUGGUGGAGCAUCAGGUCUUGUAAUCAGAGGGUCGUAGCUUCGACUCCUAUUGGGAGUACUCAGGUUUUUUAUUCCAAGCCGCCUGUGUCACCGACUGAAAAAAAAACACCUCUCUCAUGCAUUCACCAGGCUCAAAAUUCAUCAUCACAUUUCUGUCAUUGCACCUGUAUAAACACAUAUGAACAUCCUGGUCAUAGGAGUAUGCCGCAGGAUGUUUGUUACGUGAACCUAGUUUAGUGGCCUUAGCUCCCACAAGUCUCCUGUAGCUCAGCAGGUCACAGUUUUGACUUCUAUUGGGAUUACUCAGGUUUUUUUCUUCCCAGCCGCCUGUUUCACUGAAUGUAAAAAAAAAAAAGUCUUUCUCGUGUAUUCACCAGGCUUAACAUUCAUCAUCAUUUCUCUAUCAUUGCACAUAAGCACAUCUCUACAUUCCAGUCCUUGCAGUACGGUAUGCAAGAUGCUUGUUACAUGAUCUUAGUUUACUGAGUGACCUACAGUAGCUGUCACAAGUCUUCUGUAGCUCAGUGGUAGAGCAUCUGGACUAGUAACCAGAAGGGUCAUGAGUUUGACUCCUAUUGGGAGUACUCAGGUUUUUUCCCAAGCCACCUGCGUCACUGACUGAAAAAUCAUCUUUCUCAAUAAAGCUCUUUAUAUGCAUCAUACCUGUAAUACACCUGUCUACACAGUAAACACUCAAAGGAAAGUGUAAAUAUUUUGCAGGGCUUCACCUAUAUUGCACCAUCAGUUUUGGGUUCAUUGCAUAGAGAUAUUCCUAUGUCGCCAUGGAAAUACACAAGGUGAGUCCUGAAAAUAGGAAAACAAAACAAAACAAACACGGUUGCUGUUUUUUUUAUAUAUGUUGUGGUUAGUUGAGCAGUGAAACUUUAAGCUUAAAGCCUCCUUAUUGUCCUGUUUCCAGCAACCAUGGGUCCCAUUAUAGUGGGAGAGCACUGUACAAGGAAUACUUAGAUUCAAUUAUUUAAUUUUUGUCUGGUCCAGUUGUUGAAAAGCUUCAUCUGCGCUUAUUACAGAAUGGGAUGGUACAUUAGCACUUGUUCUUUCCUUGAGAACUUUUCUGUACUUUAAUGGAACAGAAAUUACUAGCCUCUCGCAGAAUUAUUCAAGCCCCGUAACGUCUAUGAAGCAGUGACAAGAUCCUUGUUGUGGGCCCCUCUAGACUUAAUGAAUUACCGGAAGUGUGUUUUGAAUUUCCUUUCAACCCAGUGAGCAAAUCAACAGUUGAAUUAGGUUCGGCUCAUGAAAAGUUCGGCAUCUGAAACGGGCCUGAGGCAUUAUUGGCUUCCUAGACAGGACCCCCGUGAGAACUUGUUUGUUGUAUUGUUACACAGAUUGACAACGGGCAUGCAACUGGCUCUUGUAUAAACUUUACAUUCAUUUGAUAGCAAUGGUUCUCUAUUUGUUCAAAGCAUGCUUUCAUUGUUUUAAACAUGGCUUUUUGUUUUAGUUUGUUAGAUUUCUUGUUGUAUUUGAUUUGUAGUUUAAAAUAUUCCAUUUCUUCCUUUUUUAUUUCAACAGAUCGCCAAGAAAAAAUACACAGCCCAUGAGGUAAGGAAAAAUUUAUAGUCUUUAUGUUGUGUGGAUGAUUUUUUUUAACUUUUUUCAUGGACAAAAUCACUCUCAAGAUGGGGAAAAUAAAUUGGUAAACUGCUGGAAAUGCCGUUUUUUAUGCGUAAACUGUGGCGGGGGGCACUUUCACCAUUAGCUGUGCUUGCAUUAUUUCACACAGAUGCAACGUGACAUAACUAGUGUAUAGUGAUAACACAUGCGAUUUUCUAUAACUAUGUGCAACUUUAGGAAGUCAAGUCUUGUUAGCAUUUUAAGAAAUGAGCAAAACCUUGCUUGUGCUUCCGGAUUUUAAAUGUGCGUUUGGUAGAAAACGGUAGAAGUAAGUAGUUUGCUGAAAAAAAACUUGUGAAAGGUUGUUUUAACAUUCCAUUUUGUAGGAAAUAUUCAUUUACUACUUGCUGCUAUGACCUGCUAUGAUUGGAAUGGGUUACGCAUUAAACAAGGAGCUCAUGCGUGUGUGUGUGUCGUUAAUGAGGCUAUGUAAAUAAACACUAUAUGAAGAACUAAAAACUGAAUGAGUUCCCUUACUCACAUAAUCAGAGUAUAUGAUUCAGGAGAAAAAAAAAUAAUCGGCACUUCCUAAUACUGCUCUUCAUUUUUGCACCUUAUUGCUUUAACUGCACGAGGAAAAGAAAAUUCACGAGGAAAGAUUUAGGCCUACCGAUAUGGGUACGCCUAUUUCUCUCUGCUAAGCAUCAAGCUUAUUAUAUACUAGUGCAUUUUGAAAAUAAUAAUCACUCAUUUUUUUAAUAACGAGGUUAUGAAAAUAGCGACGAGGAGCAAGUUCAUAUUUUGUCAAAUGGGUACUGAGAAAAUAUCGUAGAAAAAUGUGUGUAGUCGGUAGAUAGUUUAUUGUAAGGAGUAGGAAGGAAUACUAGCUCUGUUGAUGAUUUGUUUUAUUCGUGUUUUCCUUUAACUGUCUUGGUUUAAAGCAUUUUGCUUCUAGAGUGUUGCUUUUGUGAACCGUUAUGUAAAUCAAUUGUAAAGUUGUCUUUUUUGUUACAUUUUAAUGUGUUCGGAAAACAUUUGGUUUCUUCGUUUCUUCUCGCCGUGCGCGCUUAACUUUUAACUACAGAAUGUUGAUAAAUAUAUCCUGUAUUUUUCAAUGCCUUUGUUGCUUCUUAUUAAUUUCGGUGUACGCAGUAGGUUUUACCGGCCAGUUUUUAUGCCGAUUUUUUUUUUCUUGGCGUUUCCCGUGAGAGGGGAGAUUGGGCCAACAAAUCUGAGAGUAUAAAGCUACCUUAACAUCCUUCCAUUCUUAAAUGCCUUGUGAAAAAUAAUAGGUUGUUUUAGUUAUUAUUUUUCCAAUGACAGACAAGUUAGUAAAAAAAAUUCUUAACUCCUAUGUUGGUUGCUUCUCUCUCACCCCUUCUCCUUCCUUGUGAUUUAUUACAAGAGUUGCUUAUCCGAAGACGCAACUGUAGAAUUUCAACAAAGUGUGAAAGUUUCGAACGCUAAUGCCUCUAUAAUUGCCCGCGCUAUUGGAUAUCAUAUGGCCCUUAUAUUUAAUUACUAAUUUCUGUCACUAAUCUGCUUAUUCUGGCCGUCUUCUUACAACUGAACUGGUUUUCGCUUAUUGAAACUUUGCAAGCACAUCUUGCGUGUGGCGAGACGUAGUUUUGUUAUAGUUACUAGUUCACAAGUGUUGUUUAUCCUGUAAUGCAAAAUGUAAAUUUGUCUUUCAUCAAAACAUGUAGUUAAAUAAAAAGACUAUUCCACGGUUUUUUCAACUUUUGACUCGAAAAUUCGUCAACACGGCUAAAAAGAACGCCUUGAAAUUAGUAAAGAUGCCAAGUUAGAGCGUGAUUUGUUGAAAACUAAAGAAGAUGUAGCUCUGCAAACUCGCCGCAUUUUACUUACACCAUACAAAUGUCUGUGAAAUUUUCUAGCCUGCGUGGCAGGCGCAAAAAGGGGAGGGGGAGGGGGGGGGGGGGGGGAAGGGUCCCCGGGUUGCGACGAAAAGCGGGGGGGAUUAAGAAUAAGGGCCAUCUGACGGCGGCCUGGUGAUGUAGGGGGUUUUUAUAGGGUAAGGGGGGGUCGCAUGGGGGUUUCUCUGUGGUGCGUUUUGCGGGGCUGGGGGGGAGGAGAAAAGGGGGGAGGGGGGGGGGGGGAGGGAGAAAGGGAAAAGAGAAGGGAGCCUCCCCCUCUCCCCAAUCCCCCUCCCCUUUUUCCCUUCCUCCCUAUCCCCUAUCCCCUACCCCUUUCGACGCCUGCUACGCAGGCUAUGAAAUUUCGCGACUUUGUGGAGCAAUAUUAUAGAGGUUAAGCAUCGCGUUUACGUCAAUCGGCAAACGCGAAUUUGUACCACGGGUCCAAGUUUCCCCUUUACUUGUCGUUUACUGUUUAUUAUUUCAACACAUAAAUUAGUCGUUUCACGCAAUUUUUUAUCCAUAAGAAUUGUUUUGAGCUGUUUUUAUCUGCUCAUUUUCUAUUUUGAGAAAUUCUCAACUUGAAUCUGCCGUAUAGGUGACGGUUAUCUCUCUAUUUUCGCUCAGUUUUAAUGUAUCACCGUUAAAUUCGGAAAGUGUCCUAAUUAUAAGGCACUUUUUUCAUCACUGUGAACUUGUCUUAAUCAAAACUUGAAAAAAAAAAAGGAAACCGUGGAAGUGUCUACUUUAAAGAAAACAGUUUCUCAUAAGAUGCAAGCUCAGCUUAAAGGAUUCCAUUAUAAUUGGCUUUGCUGCUCAAUAUCGUAACUAAUGGCUUUUGAAUUACUAACGUCUGUAUCUAAUUUGCUCCUUCUGCAUGUCUUCUUGUAGCCCCGCCAAGAUUAAGGAAAAUGGCUGCAGCCAGUUUGGCUUUGAUAAAUCAUGGCAACCAAACAGAACAGACUCUCCACUAAACAGGACGCCGGCCAUGAAGGCACUCGACUUUAACUCUUCCGCUGUUCCUAUGGAUACUUCUAACGGAAGUGAUAAAGUAUUUAAUGGCACUGAGGGUCUGUUACAUUGCGGCAACCCUUCACUCUCCCAUGCCACAGUAACCAAUCCACAUCUUCAAAUGACGUAACAAGUAAUUCUACAAUGGUUCUUACAAAAUUCCAUUUCUUCUUAAUUGACAUUUAUAAAAAUCACUCUUAGUCUUAAUCUGUUAACAGAUUAAUUAAUAAAUCGUUUCUUACAGUCUCUUCUAUUUAAUAAAUUCUACGUAAUUGUUAAUUUGUCAGACGAGAGGUUGAAGUCAAGUUUGCCAUACAUAUUUAGAUGAUUUUAUACAAAAUUUAUUGUCUUAAAAUUCUUUAAAGUUUAGUGAGAAUAUGUUUGCUGCGCUUAAAUUACCGUUAAUCCUCAAACCUCCCUCCCCCUCACCCACCGGCUUCCCUGGUGAAGAACAUGUUUUCCUAAUUUUUCUGGUAAUCUAUCAAACAUGAGAUGAACGUUUCAUUGAUGGGAUUUUAAACACAAUAUCCUCCGCUGCGCGUAGCCCGCGAGCAAGCCCUUCCUCCCCACCCCCCGGGUAUCCCCGGGAGCUCCGGAAGAGCUUGCUCGCGGCUACGCGUAGCGGAAUAUUUCUGAUUAACCACGCAGGCGUCGAGUGUUUGAUGAAACUUCUGUGCCAAACAAUUUUGGAGGAGAAGAAAAAGGGGUGAAAACAAGUCGUUUUUCAAAGUGCCUCCAAACUAUUUGGCUAUUGAAUUAAAAAUGAGUUUGAGGAUUGUGGAGAAGGAAAUCUUUCUCUUUUGACAACUGAUUUGACAUGUCAGAGUAUAAUCAUGUAAAGUAUUCACUUCCAAGAAUUAACGUCUUGAGUGAUUAAAUGACCAACAGGCUGUUGAAACGUGGGGGGUUUAGUUGGGGGGGGGGGGAAUUUGAGGGUUUUCGGUAUGCCACCGUUGGCAGUAUGCUUAGAGAAAUUUAGGAAAUUUAAAAUAUAUUUCGGUUGGAUUCAUUUGGAGCGUAUAGCCAUCUCAUUUGCUCGUUGGAAUUCACCACUUUAGACAAGAGAAAGGAACUGGAACUGACAUGCGUCCCGCAAUGGUCUCUGGGAUCGUUACUGGGGACGCGCCGUUCAGCUAUUGGCCAAUUUUUUUUAACAGUCCCAGAAGCCUUUGCAAAAGUUAACUCGUCCCAGUUUUCUUUUGUCUGUAAAAAAAAUUUCAACGGGUAAAUGGGACGCCCAGACGUGUAUGCUGCAAAUUGACCCACCUUUUCCAAUAUUGACAUUAAAUUACAUAAAAAUGCACGUAAUUAAUUUAAAACACAUGCUGUUAUUUAUUGUUUUCACAUACCCGGCCACAAACUUUUCAACAUUUAAGACAUUGUAACUAAAAGGCUGGUCCGCAAGCAUUGACUAAAAUGAUGUACAUACGGAUACAAAAUUCUUGCAUUGUGCAUUAUGUUAGUUGUAAGGAGUACAGUUUGAAAGAGUAUGGUUUGAGCAAAUGAUGAAGUUUUGAUGACAUAUUAUAUGAUUAUAAUGAACGAUAAUUUAUUUCAAAGGAUAGUCAAUUAGUCGAUACAAAAAUGUUGAUCUUGAGGUGUUUACAAAUUUAGACGUAAUUUCUGCACAGCGCUCUAUACUCCGUGUUAAAAAAAGCUCGAAAAGUGGCUAAAAAUAAUUUAUUAAAGGUGCGCUGAUACUUUGGUUGUUCUAGCAGAGAGAGUAUAUUUUUACAAAGGUAGAACAUGAAUCAGCCCUUAUAGGUUUUAGAAUGUUUUAGUUCUAGAAGCAGUUUUGAAAGGAGUUCGCUUGCUUGUUUUUUUAUUUAUUUGUUAGGCUAACUUGUGUAGACCUCAGCUAUAUAUUUAGGACAUUAAUGAAUGUUGACUUAACUAACCAACGAGAGGCAUUUUAAGCCGCAAGACUGUCGAAUAACAUUUCUGUUCACGCAGAGAGUAAGACAUUCCCUUCACUUUCAUCACGUACAAUCGUCCCGAGAAAAAUUAAAAACAAUUCUUUUGCAAACGUUUGGAGGGAAAACAAAGAGUUUAAUGGUAUUUUUUAAGCAAGGUCUAUGAUGGGGCCAAUUUUUUUUAAUUUUACCUACAACAAAAAUUACCUCCUGCAGUGAUUAUAGCUUACUUAUCGUAAAAAAUCGUGUGCACGAACUGGAAAUGGAGUUCAAUUGUUUGUUUGAAUGUUUUUUGCAGAAAAUUCUUAAUGGUAACAAAAAUCAGAAGAUUUUAGCAAAAGUAGUUUUCUCUGCCAAGUGAAUCCCUACAAAUUAACUCAGGAAUUCAAACAAUUUUUAAUCGAUUGAAAUAAACUGCCGGACAGACACUGUACAAAUGUUUCCAAAUACACAAAUAAGAUGGUUAUAUCUUUAGCUUUUCCCUCAUUCACAGUCUCUAAUGCAGUCUUUAUUUUCUGUCACGCAACUUCACGAGAGUGGCGUGACAACCCAAAUGUAAGCUUUAUAGGAGUCUACUUACCCCAAAGUGACUUUGUAUAAAUUCAAUGCUGCUACAGUGUUUCAUGUUACAGUUCUUUUUAAAGAGCUACAGUCUCUGCAUCAUGAAUCAUCAAGCCUUCAUUUCAGGUCAUCCAUAAUCCUUGAUAGUUAGUUGUCUAUUGCUUCUUGUGAGUGCGUGUGUCUGUUUUUUGUUCCUUUCCUUCCUUUUUGUCCAACUAAUAUUCCGGGGUUUGCAAUUGCAAGAUAGUUUUGUAUCUUCAAACGUCAAACUCCUCCGACUAUAUUCGCAGUUAUCAUAUUGCUAAUGUCUUAUUGCUAAUGUAUCUUGUACGAUUAGUUGUUUUCUUUAAUGUCGUUUUUAUUCAGCAACCUUGUUUUGGAACAACCAUUCCUCGUGACUUAAUACCAUGUUCAAUACUGUUCACAUUUGUUUGUAUCUUUAUUAUGUACGAGUUAGCUGUUAAGAACCUUGCCUGUUUGUAGAACAUUCAGUUAAAGCUAAGAAUUAAUAUUUAUCUUUAUAACGUUAGCUCUCUAUUUAUUUUAAAGUCUUAAAACUUGAAAAGGUUCUUGACACCAGUGGGACCAAGGGAAGAGUAAUAACAAAAUGGAACACGGGAAAUUGAGAUUCGCCGCUUUUUGUAUUUCUAGGAUUCUUUUCGGUGGUCCCAACUGGUAGCAAGAUCUGUUUUCAGGACUUUACUGAAAACUGCUGUAUUAAAUAGUACUGCGUUGUAGAUAGGAUAGAAUAUAUGAGCUUAAAAGUUAUUUCUUAAAGAAUAUUGCGACAAUAAACGUGACGUGAAAACUGGAGGUUAUUUGUUCUGGCGCGGUUGUAUUCAUCGGUUUGUAGGGGAAUGUUGAUUACUUUGUCCAUGACACUAGUGAAAGAGUG